AUGGAUGAAAUGGAAAAUGGCAACAGGCGUACUGUGCGACAAGAAAGUCCCUGUUCGACUGAAGUCGAAGCCCUACAGGGCGGUUGUGCGUCCUGUUGCCCUUUACGGAUGCGAGUGCUGGCCGACGACGAAAGCCUUGGAAAGAGUGUUGCACGCUAUGGAGAUGCGGAUGUUGAGGUGGACGGGGGUAUAACGCUAACAGAAAAAGUAUCCAACGACACUGUACGCUCCAUCUUCGGCGUCGUCCCUAUAACUGAGAAGAUUAAGGAAGCGCGACUGAAAUGGUUUGGUCCAAAGAUUCGCUGGUUAGACCGUGUGAACCUGGAUGUGAUAGAUGCGCGUUUGGGUACGGCUGAUGCAAUGGAUGGAAGCAAAUGGAAGACAAGAAGCAGAAAAGCGGACCCUACAACAACGUGGGACAAACGCUAG